UUGGCUCCUCGCCUGUCCCCCUGGUCUUCUACGCCUGUCCCUGGUGUCCCUUUCCUCUUUCCUGGUUUCUUCACUCCGACCUCACCACUGCUUUAGAUUCUCCCUUCAGUUCCCGUCAGACGCUUCCAGACUCCCAAGCUUUCCUAGGAAUGAGGGAAAAUGGAGAAACAGGCACGUACCAGGGGACCCUCCCCCUAAUAAAGAGCACUUGCUCCGCCAGAACAUCUAACUUCAUGCCAUGUGGGCAUCCCUGGGCACUAUAGCAAGCUAGUUUCGGCCACUCCCUUGGCAUCCUUUCCUGCCAGCUGUGGAAUAAUGCCCACUGUCUAGCACUGCCCCUGCCAGGGGUGCUUGCCUCCCACAAUCGUGGAUUCCAGAAAACAGCAUUCGGUAGUGCUGUGUGCGGAGACCCCCAACAAUGUGAUGACUGCGGAGAGGGAGGCACCUGGGGGAGGAUCAUUAGGGAGAGGUAGAAGGCAGGGAGGCCUCCAGGAUUCUUUCCCAGUGCCCCUGGUUCCCAGAGCUGAUGAUGCCUCUAGGGUGAUUGGCAGCUCUUUGUUUCAGCCCCCCCUCACCCGCCUGCUGGCCCCCCCUCCAACUCUGUCCCUCCGCCCCCCGGCUCCUGCUCUCUCCGCCUAGCCUUUUCCCCUCCCAGCUGCCUGCCUGCCAGGGGUAGUGAGCCGGCUGAAAGGCAUGGAGACGCAGGAACUUCGGGGGGCCCUGGCUCUUCUCCUCCUUUGCUCUUUCGCAUCUGCCAGUCAGGACCUGCAGGUCAUUGACCUGCUGACGGUGGGCGAGUCUCGGCAGAUGGUAGCUGUGGCGGAGAAGAUCCGGACAGCCCUGCUCACUGCUGGGGACAUCUACCUCUUGUCCACCUUCCGCCUGCCCCCCAAGCAGGGUGGUGUCCUCUUUGGCCUCUAUUCUCGCCAAGACAACACGCGAUGGCUGGAGGCCUCUGUUGUAGGCAAGAUCAACAAAGUACUGGUGCGAUACCAGCGGGAGGAUGGCAAAGUCCACGCCGUGAACCUACAGCAAGCAGGCCUGGCCGAUGGUCGCACACACACAGUUCUCCUGCGACUCCGAGGUCCCUCCAGACCCAGCCCUGCUCUACAUCUCUAUGUGGACUGCAAACUGGGUGACCAACAUGCAGGCCUCCCAGCACUGGCCCCCAUUCCUCCAGCAGAGGUCGAUGGGCUGGAGAUUAGGACUGGACAGAAGGCAUAUUUGAGGAUGCAGGGCUUUGUGGAAUCUAUGAAAAUUAUUCUGGGUGGGUCCAUGGCCCGGGUAGGAGCCCUGAGUGAGUGUCCAUUCCAAGGGGACGAGUCCAUCCACAGUGCAGUGACCAAUGCACUGCACUCCAUUCUAGGGGAGCAGACCAAGGCGCUGGUCACCCAACUCACCCUCUUCAACCAGAUCCUGGUGGAGCUGCGGGAUGAUAUACGAGACCAGGUGAAGGAAAUGUCCCUGAUCCGAAACACCAUUAUGGAGUGUCAGGUGUGCGGCUUCCAUGAGCAGCGUUCCCACUGCAGCCCCAAUCCCUGCUUCCGAGGCGUGGACUGCAUGGAAGUGUACGAGUACCCAGGCUACCGCUGUGGGCCCUGCCCCCCCGGCCUGCAGGGCAACGGCACCCACUGCAGUGAUAUCAAUGAGUGUGCUCACGCUGACCCCUGUUUCCCGGGUUCCAGCUGCAUCAACACCAUGCCCGGCUUCCACUGUGAGGCCUGUCCUCGAGGGUACAAGGGCACACAGGUGUCUGGUGUGGGCAUUGACUAUGCCCGGGCCAGCAAACAGGUCUGCAAUGACAUCGAUGAAUGCAACGACGGCAACAAUGGUGGCUGUGACCCAAACUCCAUCUGCACCAACACUGUGGUGAGCUGAAUACCCUGAGUGUAUUCUGGGGUGGUGGGAAUGGUAAAACCCCAACCCUCGCCCCUUCUUACCUUCAAAGUUCCUGCUGCCUUUCCUCCUCCCUAGGAUACUACACAGAUUAGGUGUUCACAUGGACUUGGUUUGGAAUACUGGUUUGCCUCUUGCUAGCUCUUUGGCAGGUUAUUUAACUUUUCUGAGCCUCAGCUUCCUCAUCUGAAA